AAAAACAAAAAAACACAAGAGAAACGAAACAAAGGCCCGAAAAACGGAGAGUAUGCCCAAACAGAAACAAAGCUCAAAGAAGAACAAAACCUAGCAGCAGAGAAACUGUUGAAGUCGUCGUCCCCAUCGCCGCACCGGUGAGCCAAACGGAUGAACACACGCAGGGAUCCAGAAGAAGAUAAGGUCAAGCCAAAAAACUCCCAACACAGCACCUCCAACAGAUGCAAGAGAUAAACAAAGACAGCCCAAAAAGUGCAGGACACGAAUGCUCGAUCAUCCUCCACGAACCCAACAUCGCCGCACCGGUGAGCCAAACAGAAUCAUAUCUUUGGGUACAAUUUUUCCAGCCGAUCGUUUAACUCCCAACUCCAAAAGCUGACGCUCAAUCGGGCAUUGCAGCUUUUACAUUUCAUUAGGCGAGUCGGUAGCUGCCCAUCUGCUGUGGAUACUGUCCCUGUCAGAUGUCAAUGGCUGCUUCUUCGUCUUCCUCAUGGAAAUACGACGUCUUCCUGAAUUUCAGAGGCGAAGACACUCGCAAGAUCUUUGUCGGCCAUCUCUACGGAGCUCUGGGUCGGAAGGCAAUCAACACCUUCAUCGACGCCGAAAAGCUCAGAAAAGGCGACGACCUUUCGGAACUACUUUCAGCUAUCGAAGAGUCGAGGCUUUCGAUUGUGGUUUUCUCCCAGAACUACGCUUCUUCGACUUGGUGCUUGAAAGAACUGGUCAAAAUCCUGGCGUGCAUGGAUACAAAGAAGCAGAUAGUGGUGCCGAUCUUCUACCAAGUUGAUCCAUCUGAAGUUCGUAAGCUCAAGAGAAGUUUUGCAGAAGCUUUUGCUCAACAUGAACGCGAAUCGAGCGCCGAAAUGGAAGAGGUGAAGAGCUGGAGGUCCGCACUAACCAGAGCCACCAAUUUAUCCGGAUGGGAUUCGCGAAACUACGAGGAUGAUGCCAAGCUUAUUGAGGAAAUUGUGGAUGACAUAUUUAAGAGAUUGAUCCAAGUCUCGUCAAGCAAAGAUAAUGGUUUGGUUGGAAUGGGUUACCAGAUGGAUGAAGUGAAUUCACUAUUCCGUCCUGGGGUGAAUGAUGUUUUCACCGUUGGAAUAUGGGGUAUGGGAGGUAUAGGCAAAACCACCAUCGCUCGCGCUGUUUAUGAUGAAAGCGCUUGGCAAUUUGAGGCUUGCUGCUUUCUCGAAAAUGUCAAGGAAGGCUUCUCGAAUAAUGGUGCAGUACAUAUGCAGGAAGUGCUUCUUUCCAGAAUCUUGAAGGAAAAGGUGCAGGGUUUAGGCACGUUGGAUCGUGGUUCCAGAAUGAUAAUGGAAAGGCUACAAAGGAAAAAAGUUUUCAUUGUUCUUGAUGACGUUGAUGAAUUAUCCCAAAUCGAAGCCUUACUUGGACAGCAGCAUUCAUUUGGCGGUGGAAGUCGGGUCAUUAUAACAACUAGAGACAAACAAUUAUUAUGUGGAGCUGGUGCUGUAUAUAAGCCCGAGAACUUAAGUGAGCCAGAAGCUCUUAAACUCUUCAACCAGUAUGCCUUCAGAACAAACCAACCCACCAGAGUUUAUGAUCAGCUCUCAAGGGAUGUCGUACAAUAUGCUCAAGGUCUGCCUUUAGCACUCAAAGUGUUGGGAGCUUUUCUUCAUAACAAAACUGUGUGCGAGUGGGAAGAUGUGUUGGAAAAAAUAAGGAAAAUCCCGCAAAAGGGAAUUCAUGAUGUGCUUAAAACAAGCUUUGAUGGACUAGAUGAAACAGAGAAGAACAUCUUUCUAGAUAUUGCAUGUUUCUUGAAAGGAAUGAAUAUAGACUCUGCAAAAAAAAGUCUGGACAGUUGUGGCUUCUAUCCCCAUACUGGAAUAAGAGUUCUAAUCGAUCGAGCUCUCAUAUCUGUCUCAGAGUGGGGGACACUGGAUAUGCAUGAUUUACUAGAGGAAAUGGGUCGGGAAAUCGUUCGCCAAGAAUUUAUCAAAGAGCCUGGGAGAAGAAGUAGGUUGUGGAGUUAUGAAGAUGUUCAUCAUGUGCUGACUCAAAAUACAGCUACAGAAGCAGUUGAAGGCAUAAUCCUGGAUUCAGCAUUCUUUGAAGAGGGAUGCUCAAAUACUGAAGCUUUUGUUAGUAUGACAAAACUAAGACUGCUCAUGAUCCAUGAUGGUUACCUUAACGAGUAUGGGUUUGAUUCAUUUGACAGUCAAACUUCAAGUGAAGCAGAAGAUGAGCUAGCAUUCGGGGAUUCAUUUGACCAUCGACCUCCACAUGAUUGCUUCAUAAAACGCUGGAUUGCGGACUUAAAGUUCCAAUGUUCUCAGUUGCGGUGUCUCAUCUGGAGUAGUUGCCCCCUCAAGUCUUGGCCAUCCAACUUUCAGUUCAAGAAUCUUGUAAACCUUGACAUGAGAGAAAGUCGCAUCGAACAACUUUGGAAAGGAGCUGAGCCUCUGGAAAAUUUGAAAUUUAUCGACUUAAGUUAUUGUAUAUACCUUAAGAAAACCCCCGACUUCACAAAGGCUACAAGUCUUGAGGAACUAAAUCUCAAAGGUUGUACAGGGUUAUAUGAGGUUGACCCAUCCAUUUCAGCUCUGAAAAACCUUGUUAUAUUGAAUCUAGGAGACUGUCAAGAACUCAAGAGCCUGCCAAGCAGCAUUCAUAUGGGAUCUCUUCAAACCCUUAAUCUUUCUGGUUGCUCAAACUUGGAGAAGUUUCCAGAUAUUUCAGAUGGUAUGGAGAAGCUAUCAUGGCUUCAUUUAGAUGGGACUGCAAUUAAAGAACUGCCUUCGUCAAUUAAUAAACUCAGGGGCCUUACUGUUUUGGACCUAAGAGGCUGUCGAGAACUCAAGAGCCUGCCGAGCAGCAUUCAUAUGGGAUCUCUUCAAACCCUUAAUCUUUCUGGUUGCUCAAACUUGGAGAAGUUUCCAGAUAUUUUGGAUGUUAUGGAGAAUCUAUCAGGGUUAUAUUUACAAGGGACUGCCAUUAAAGAACUGCCUUCGUCAAUUAAUAAACUCACGGGCCUUACUGUUUUGAACCUAUCUGAGUGUCAAGAACUCAAGAGCCUGCCGAGCUGCAUUCAUAUGGGAUCUCUUCAAACCCUUAAUCUUUCUGGUUGCUCAAACUUUGAGAAGUUUCCAGAUAUUUCAGAUGUUAUGGAGAAGCUAUCAGGGCUUUAUUUAGAUGGUACUGCCAUUAAAGAAGUGCCUUCGUCAAUUAAUAAACUCACGGGCCUUACUGUUUUGGACCUACGAGGCUGUCGAGAACUCAAGAGCCUGCCAAGCAGCAUUCAUAUGAGAUCUCUUCAAACCCUUAAUCUUUCUGGUUGCUCAAACCUUGAGAUGUUUCUAGAGAUUUCAGAAGUUAUGGAGGAGUUGUCAAAGCUUUAUUUAGAUGGGACUGCAAUUAAAGAACUACCUUCGUCAAUUAAAAAACUCACAGGCCUUACUGUUUUGGACCUAUCUGAGUGUCAAGAACUCAAGAGCCUGCCGAGCUGCAUUCAUAUGGGAUCUCUUCAAACCCUUAAUCUUUCUGGUUGCUCAAACUUUGAGAAGUUUCCAGAUAUUUCAGAUGUUAUGGAGAAGCUAUCAGGGCUUUAUUUAGAUGGGACUGCCAUUAAAGAAGUGCCUUCGUCAAUUAAUAAACUCACGGGCCUUACUGUUUUGGACCUACGAGGCUGUCGAGAACUCAAGAGCCUGCCCAGCAGCAUUCAUAUGAGAUCUCUUCAAACCCUUAAUCUUUCUGGUUGCUCAAACCUUGAGAUGUUUCCAGAGAUUUCAGAAGUUAUGGAGGAGUUGUCAAAGCUUUAUUUAGAUGGGACUGCAAUUAAAGAACUGCCUUCGUCAAUUAAUAAACUCACGGGUCUUCCAAUUUUGGACCUAAGAGGCUGUCGAGAAUUCAAGAACCUGCCGAGCAGCAUUCAGAUGGGAUCUCUUCGAACCCUUGAUCUUUCUCAUUGCUCAAACUUUGAGAAGUUUCCAGAUAUUUCAGAUGUUAUGGAGAAUCUAUCAGAGUUAUAUUUACAAUGGACUACCAUUAAAGAACUGCCUUCGUCAAUUAAUAAACUCAGGGGCCUUACUGUUUUGGACCUAAGAGGCUGUCAAGAACUCAAGAGCCUGCCGAGCAGCAUUCAUAUGGGAUCUCUUCAAACCCUUAAUCUUUCUGGUUGCUCAAACUUUGAGAAGUUUCCAGAGAUUUCAGAUGCUAUGGAGAAUCUGUCAGAGUUAUAUUUAGAUGGGACUGCCAUUAAAGAACUGCCUUCGUCAAUUAAUAAACUCACGGGCCUUACUGUUUUGAACCUAUCUAGGUGUCAAGAACUCAAGAGCCUGCCUAGUAGCAUUCAUAUGGGAUCUCUUCAAACCCUUAAUCUUUCUGGUUGCUCAAACCUUGAGAAGUUUCCAGAGAUUUCAGAUGCAAUGGAGAAUCUAUCAAAGUUAUAUUUAGAUGGGACUGCAAUUAAAGAACUGCCUUUGUCAAUUAGCAAACUCAUGGGCCUUACUGUUUAGGGAAUCUUCUUCUAGGGCCUGUUACGUUGAACCUAAGAGAUUGCAAAAAACUCAAGUCUCCCAAGCAGCAUUUGUGAUCUCAAGUCCCUUCACUAUCUUAGUCUUUCUGGUUGCCCAAAGUUUGAGGUGUUAGAAUUCUGUAGAAACAAUUUUGAGAGCUUGCCUGCAGAAAUGAAUUGGCUUCAUUGGUUAACAAGUCUCAAAUUCGAAGGUUGCAAGGGACUGAAAUCAAUACCAGAGAUUUCAUCAACUAUAAGGUUCAUAGAUGCCCAUAUUUGCACAGCUUUGGAAUCUGUUUCAAGACCGAGCAAGUUUUUACCCAAGAAUCUUUACUAGACAUUUUCAAACUGCUUCCAGCUGGUGCAAAAUCUAUUUGAAGAUAUUGUGGAAGCUCAUCAGAUCUCAAAUUGGAAGGUUGCAAGAGAAUGAAAUCAAUAACAGAGCUUUCAUCAAGCAUAAAUUUCAUAGACGCCCAUGAUUGCACAGCUUUGGAAACUGUUUCAGGACCAAAGCUUCUUUACAGUAAUCUUUACUUCACAUUUUCAAACUGCUUCCAGCUGGUGCAAAAUCUAUUUGAAGAAAUUGCUGAAGCUCAUCAGGGUUAUCUGCAAACUCUUUCCUUGUUUAUGUACCUUCCUGGAAGUAAACUUUCAGAUUGGUUCAGUCAUCAGUGUAGUGGAUCUUCAGUAACUGUGCAUCUACCACCGGUGUCGGAUCAUAAGAUUUUGGGAUUUGCUGUAUGCGGUUUUACUAAGUUCAAGUACGCGCAUUAUGUGUCUGAUCUAUCUGCCCUGUGUUUUUGUACCUCCAAAGGAGAGCACGGCGAGCUCAGUUUCAGAUUUGAUUUGCUUGAUUGGAGUCACAAGUGACAGGUUGCUUGAGUCAGAUCACAUGUUCAUGGGAUAUCUUCCAUUGAAAAUAGGAGUGCAGCUAAGUGAGCGCUAUACCACCGAGGCCACAUUUAGAGUUGAACUAAAAGAUGGAGUCCAAUCACGUGAUUCUUGGGCACCAGUGCAGCAGCAUCGCAUCAGAAGGUGUGGAGUUCGUCGCUUUUAUGCCAACCAUGAGGAGGUGCAUGCAUAACAAAAGCAUGACACAGCCCGACUUUCGUCAUGAAAAUUCUGGAGCGGAACUUCGUGCUAUAUGCAGAUCACUGGUAAGAGUUGCUCAUUCUAAGAGGAACCGUGAGGGGUGUUGCUAUAAUGAGGCUGAACAAAGUGGGGGUGAAACCCCUGAUGAAGGAUUUACAUUCUAAAAGAUUGGUACUUCCUGAUGGGGCAAACGAAAACUGAAGAGAAUAACUCCUGUGUGUUGGAUUUGAUGGCUUAGUUCUGUUGGGUCUCGACCCUUUCUUACGCGGACCUAAAACCAAACUGUUGUGGCUCUUUAGUUGGCAUAUGCGGAUCGCAUGCUAGGUCUUUUUAGUGCUCGUAUAUAAAGCCUCACAUUGUGCAAUUUGGAUGAGAGGGUGGGAACCGAAGCAGCUGCACCAGUGUGACGGAAAGAGGAGCCGAAACCCAAUAGAAGAGAGAAAUAAUUGGGAGCUGCUGCAUUUAAGGUUUUGUAAGAGUGAAUCCAAUUAGAGAUUGUUGUAGUUGCAGAGAGACAAAUAUUUUGUUUCUAAUUCGUUUUUUCCCUCUUCUAUUUGUGUUUGUAUUUGGGUGUAUUUUGGGUUUGAGUUUGAGAGCUUUCUUUGUAAUCUCGUUUUGUUUAUUAGUGGAACUUCCUCGCUGUCCCCAAACUGGAUGUAGGUUUACGCCGAACCAGUAUAAAUCUUUAUGUCAUUUUGAA